CUCGCACGGUUGAUUUUCAAUUCCCGCUUCGGCAAUUCUGCGAUUCCGAUUAAGAUUUUGCCGAGGUUGCUUGCGCACCUUCGCACCGAUCUGAUCCUUCUUGAUCGUCUCCACUCCGUCUCUCCCGGACUGUCAUAGAUGUGCGGUAUCCUCUUCCUGGCCAGAGGAAGAGCAAAGGACGCGCAGUGCCAGGAUGGCUCCACGGCCAGCGAAGCUUUACCUUCAUGGUGGGACAGCAUGGCCAGCGUGUGCAGCCAAAGGGGCCCACACUGCAUCUCGAGCUCUACGCUCGCAUUGCCGUCAGGCUCAGCACUCCUCGCUGCCUCUGUCCUCUCCCUACGUGGGCCAGCUGUGACCAGACAGCCAAUAGUCUCAUCCUCGGCUGUGUUCACGCUGGCUUGGAACGGUCAAAUGUACGCUCUGCAGCCCUUCCAGGGUCCGCACCCUCAACACUACGAGGAAGCGAGGCAGUCUCUCGAGGACGGACACAACGAUGGCAUGAUUCUGGCCAGAUGGAUAGAGAGUACUGUUCAAGAAUAUCUCGUGGAUGGUACAUCGGCCUCCGAGGGGCAGCAUCAAGCACGUAGGAGAGUCUUCCAGCGCGUACUACCUCUCAUACUCGAUUCUCAAGUAGAAGGCGAGUGGGCUUUCACGCUCGUCGAUCAUCAGACCGGAGACGUCUAUUUCGGAAGGGAUGCGCUUGGACGGAGGAGUCUCCUUGUAUCAGAUGCGACAACAUCCGGAUCUAUUGACAUCCUGCUCGCAUCGGCUGCCGCUCCAGAAGCUCUGUCGGCUGGCCUGCGUUUCACAGAAGUAGACUGUGCCGGAUUCUGGAUCUGGAGCUCGACAACGCCGGAAGAGCGGCCUCGGAUGUUCGGUAGCAGAGCCUCACAAAGGGUGUUGCUCCGGGAGCUACGAAAAAGUCAAAAGCCGAUUGCUGGUAGUGAUCAAUACGCGGUACCAUCGCAGGCUGAGAGGGAUCAAGCGCUUGACGCUCUACAUGCAACGCUGCUGACGAGCGUCGCACGACGAGUUGCUGCCAUUGGUGGGCAGGUGGCACAGGAUUUGUCGCUCACCAGUAGCUCUCGCAGCGAUUACAACAAGCCAUCACCUGUGGCAAUCUUAUUCUCUGGCGGUCUGGACAGUGCACUCCUAGCCUGGUAUACGCACUUGGCCCUGCCGGCUCAGCAGAGCAUCGAUCUGCUCAACGUUGCAUUCGAGAACCCGCGAGUCUUGCAGGCUGCUAAGAAUGGGAGGGAAGCCGAGAGAAAGGGGGUAGGGAAGGAUCAUUUGAGCCUAACAGAGGGUGCCUCUUCCUCUCUUUCCCGCUUCUCAACGCCAGACAGGCUUCUGUCCCAUGCUACUCUCGCUCAGCUCCAAGCUCUAUCGCCCGGGCGUCAGUGGAACCUCGUAGAGAUCGAUGUAACGUAUGAAGAGUACCAAUCGGCGCGCGAGGACAUCCUUGCGCACAUGCAUCCCUGCGAGAGCGUCAUGGACCUCAGUCUCGGGAGCGUGCUUUGGUUCGCCAGUAGAGGAUGGGGCAGCCUCAUGAAGGACGGUGAGAGGGAGGAGUACAAGACGGCGGCCAGAGUGUACAUCUCUGGUCUUGGAGCAGAUGAGCUCUGUGGUGGCUACUCAAGGCAUCGCAAAGCCUUCGAGGGUAGGGGAACGACGUCUACCCCUGCCUCCAUGCAGAAAGCCCCAUCUACCGGCAAUUGGGCCGCCCUGAUCGAAGAGCUUCAGAUGGACCUAGACCGUCUGCCUACGCGCAAUCUGGGACGAGACGACCGCAUCCUCUCCUCUCACGGACGCGAAGGCCGCUACCCGUUCCUGUCCUCCGACGUCGUUUCCCUCAUCGCCUCUCUCCCACUGCGCAUCAAGUGCGAGCUGGGCUUGGAGCAAGGUGUCGGUGAUAAGAUCCUCCUGAGGCAGCUGGCUCGGAGGGCCGGGCUGAAGUCUGUCAGCGCGGAGAAGAAGCGGGCGAUGCAAUUCGGAGCGAGGAGCGCCAAGAUGGAAGUGGGGCAGGGCCGCAUCAAGGGACAUAUGAAGUCCGGUGAGGGAAAGCAGGAGGUCCCUGGACCUUCCAAGGCCGUCGGACCGCCAGUCCCGGAUGCUGCUAAAGGCGCCACAGCUCCUGUAGAAGUCUUCACUACUCUCUGCUACUACCUCGACGCACCUCGGCCAGAUAAGUUCUUUCCAGUGGAUGACUUCCAGCUGCCCACAGCCCUUCAAGUUGCAAGCUCGAAACAGGAGCGGAAAACAGUCACGACUGCGAUCUCACGUCGGCUUUUCGAGCAUGUCCCUUUGCUUCAGGCACACGUCGACCGCUUGAUCAGCUCUCGGCACGCAAUGCGCGAGACUUUCCCGACAACGUGGGGUGAAGGACAAGAAGAGCAUGCAGCGACGUUGACAAGUCGCAUCCUCACUGCUCUCGAAGAAGCACUACAGCGCUUCGAUGAUAGCUUGGGACCGAACAUGGUACCCGCUAGCAACGACGAGGAGCGACAUCGGCGUCGUGUGCGCCUUGCGCUCAACUCUCAGGGUCACAUCAACGUCGUGGUUGCGAAGAUGGCUCCUUGGCUCCCACCGAGGGGCGUUGGCAGCGCCCCUCUUCCAACGGUGCGACUGGACAUGCAGUCCAGCGGUCCCUCGUCUUCUUCGACCCUUCACUCGACUCUCUCAAGGCAGCAGCGGCAGCAGCUUUGUGCGCCCUACCUCUACAAGACGUCCAGCAGAAGCUUCUACGAUGCCGCUCGGGAGCGCGUGGGAGCUACGCUUGGUUUGCCGCCUGCAGAGGGGAAUGCAGACCCGUGCUUUGAGGUGCUGAUGUGGACCACGACCACCAGCGGUCGUGAGGCGUCAGGCAGUGCGUUGGAUGGAGGAAAGGUGAGGCGCUUAUUGACGGAGAGUAGUAUAGCGAAUAUCCUAGUGCAGGUAAAUGAGGGAGAGGGGGCCGAGGCUACUGGAGGCUCCUCUCGCUGGCUCACACCACGGCUAGCCCCUAUCACUCCGGUGUCUGCUUCGCCGAGCAAAGGGGACGUCUGCUUUCUCCCUGGCCUGAUGCGCUCCUACCUCCUCCAGCGCGGGCUCGUAGAAGAGGCAGACUUGACCGUCGAAGAUCUCAUUCGCGAUGUGCAAAGGGGAAGAGUACGGAUCUGGUUGUGUAACGCGUUGCGGGGCGUGAUGCAAGUCAGGCUGGAGCUCGGGGGUGAGGAGGCUGGUGAAACGAAGUGAUCAUUCUAGACGUGCUGUUGUGCAUGUACAUCUGUACGUCGAGGUAUACCCGAAAUUCAACCCUCCGCUUUCGCAUCUGCUGUCAUAGCCCACUUCCCUUGAGCCGUUUCUUGAGGUACUCUCCACCCGUCAUUGCCUGGAUCUCCGAGCCGUCUUCCUUCGGUAACGCUUCCUCG